ACAGAGCAGCCAGGAGGACAAUCAGACCGACUGCUGGAUUAGACACACAAAAGAGAAAGUGCUGUCUCAGAAUAAAAAAAACUCUCAUUUUUCCCUCUUUUCUCUCAUUUUUCCUGGUUUUUUCUCAUUGAAGGAUCACAGUUUUCGACUGAUCUCCAAAAAGGUUUCCGCGGUGGCGCACAGACCGGUAUGGAUUUACCAAAGACUAGACGAGACACGCCGUCUGGUCCAACACCAAAGUUGUGAUUGUCACUGCUGGAGAAAGGGAAAGCUCCCAACUUGGACCCAACAUUUACGCACAGUGUUGGCCCACAUGUGAGGACAUUUGGAGACAAAUACUUUGUCGGAGCGUCUUUUUCCGCAGCUCUCCACUAGGAUCUCUCAUGGGGUGACCCACAUAGAGCUUAGAGUCGUGACUGUGGGACCGUGUGGUGACCGGCCCGGACCGUCUUCCUGUCCACUCCUUGAGGGUAAUGAUUAUCGGCUAAGACGCUCUCCACCACUCCUCUGUGUGAAUGAAUCUUUGCCGUAAAGCCGCUGUGCUCUGCCACCCUGUCACAAUGAAGAGCAAGUACUCCCAAUACUACAACCAGAGCCUGAUCCCCUCCUACUACGCCUUUGCUAAGAACAUGACCACGCAGGAUCUGACUAAAAUAAUCGAGAACAAGAAACAGCUCACCACCCUCAACAUCGUCAUCGUGGUCCUCUGCACCAUCAUCAUCCUGGAGAACCUGCUGGUCCUCAUCGCUGUCUGCCGAAACAAGAAGUUCCACUCCGCCAUGUUCUUGUUCAUCGGCAACCUGGCGUUCUCUGACCUGCUGGCGGGCUCCGCCUACAUAGCCAACAUUUUCCUGUCAGGGUCGAGGACCUUUGACCUGAUGCCGGUGCAGUGGUUCAUCAGGGAGGGUACGGCGUUCAUCGCUCUGGCUGCUUCAGUCUUCAGCCUGCUGGCGAUAGCGACGGAGCGCUAUAUUGCCAUCACCAAGGUCAAGGUGUACGGCUCCACCAAAACGUGCCGCAUGUUCCUCCUAAUCGGAGCCUGUUGGGUCACCUCCAUCCUGGUCGGAGGACUCCCCAUCCUCGGCUGGAACUGCAUCAACAACCUCCCAGAAUGCUCGACCGUAUUGCCGCUCUACUCUAAGAAAUACAUCCUCUUCGUUGUCACCAUUUUCAGCCUCAUACUCCUCUCCAUUGUCAUCCUCUAUGUGAGGAUCUAUUUGAUUGUACGCUCCAGCCACCAUGAGGCGACCAACUCGCCGGCCUACGCCCUUUUGAAAACGGUUACAAUAGUGCUGGGCGUGUUCAUCAUGUGCUGGCUGCCCGCUUUUAUCAUCCUCCUCCUGGAUUCGUCGUGCAAGAUACAGUUCUGCCCCAUCCUCUCCAACGCAAACAUCUUUUUUGGCUUUGCCACGCUGAACUCAGCGCUUAACCCCGUGAUCUACACGCUGCGCAGCAAGGACAUGAGGAAGGAGUUUCUGCGUGUGUUGUGCUGCUGGGGGGUGCUGCAAAGCGGGCGGCCGGCCGACCGUUGUCUGGUCCCUCUAAAGAGCUCCAGCUCUCUGGAACAUUGCACCAACAAACACGAACACCAGACCACACCAAUCAUGCAGAACUGUACCACUUGUGUUUGAUACGGUGCAAACACAUCAGUGUGUGUGAGUGAGAGAGUGAGAGAGUGAGAGAGAGAGUGAGUGUGUGUGUGAGUGAGAUAAAGAAGAGAGGCCGUGCUGUGAUAGAGUGAUGUUAAAAAAAGACACUCUGGACUGAGAUGCCUGGCAAGGUUACAACGCGGCCUUUUUCUUAUUACAAUCAAAAUUGUGUGACUUCACAAUCAGCAUUCAAUCGUGUAAAAACACAAAGUUUCAAGAGGGAACCAAUUCCGCCGGAGGGAACUUUCAGAAAUGUGAAAAAAGCUUUUUUUUAUUGGUACUCUCAUUAAUUAAUAUGUAGAUGCAAAAACCAUCGUCAUGUAUAUGCCUGUCGUCUCGUUUUUUCUUUCUAAACAUGUUAACCCCUAUUAAAAGCCAAAAAUAGAAACGUAGCAUGCAUUAUAUCAGAGUCAUGGUGAGUUGUUUUGGUCCGUUCAGGAACCGCAGCAAUGCUAAGCUGCACUUUGUAGAUGACUUCAGACAUUGUUGUCAUUCGUAAGGUUUGACCACAUGACUCUCCUGUACUGAUAUGUGUGAACAGCUUCUCUCACCACUGAACUCCACUGAAUCCAAGUUACCACGAGUGCUCCCUCGACUAAAACCAGGGCUAUAUAUUCCCCAUAUAACCUUGCUUAAACCAUUUGAUUAACUACAACAAAUUUACAUAAUCUGCUUACAUUUAAUGCAUGACAUUCUAAUUUAUUUGUAAGUGCUAAAGUACGUAUGAUAUAUUCCAGCUCCGGCUUCCAUCACUAACACCCCUUCCCUCAUCUGUCCUCAUAAUCUGUCCCUCUUGCUUUUACUGUUGUCUUUUGUAUCUUAACAGUUUCCGUCGAGGAAGACCUAAUCAGAAAGCACAUUUCCUGAAGUGAGUUGGCACUGAUUUCAUUCAACGUCAGCUGUCUAGCAGCUUUGUCUAACGGGGCCGGUGUCCCGACAGUGUUGUAGCAACGUAGUAACAAUGUGCUGUCUCUGUUUGUGCCUUCCUCUUGGGGAAAUUAGGCUGAAUGUAUGUAUUAAGUGUUUGGGGCAGGCGCUCCAUUGUUGACAGUAUUAUUGAUCAUCACUUUUUAAUUACCAAGUCAUUGACGAGCAGAGAGAGGGUUUGAACAGGGUAGGUCACUCUCACUGUGAAGUCUUAAAUAGCACCAUGAACAAAAAAAACAAUGUUGUGAACAUCCUGGUUUGAUUUGCUGGCCAUAUGCCUUGUGCAGCUAAAGAUGUAAACACGUCUCGUCUUUCCAAAGACCCCUGUCCUCCCCUACAAAAUAGGAGAAGAUCCGGUUCCUAAUGCACAGAGGGAGAGGGGAUCUGCCCUCCUGGGAGGUCACCUUCAUCCCCACCUCUGACAUCCUACAACGUGUCACUUCCUCCUGCAACAGGAAGUCCUGUUUUUCAUUGUCCGGUUCCUGUUGUUCAGGGUUACACUAACCGUUUUCCUGUGGACACAAAUUUAAGACUCUUCUCUCCCGCAGUGUUUCUGAUAUUGACAUUUACAUUUAGAUGACCAAGUAGAAAUGGUGAAAAGCACUUUGGCAGCUUCAGUGAUGUUUGCUUUCCCCCAGUUUUUUUCAGAUGGAAAGGUGUUUUUGUACUUGUCCCCUCAUUGAGUUGCUUUACUCUGUGAUGUUUUAUAAUAAAUACAUGAAUAACUAUGUAUGUUUGUAUGUAAGUAUGUAUGUAUUUUUGUACAGUAUGUAUGAUUUGUGUUGUAUGAAAUGUCUCGUGUGCAAUAGCCUUUUGUGUCCAGUAGCACGCUGCCUGUGUUAAAUCGGUACAAUCUGAAACACUAAUGUAGGUACAUAAACGUUUUGUUAAUUGCAUUCCCUUUUUUAUAAA